UGGAAGCAGGACCCUCGGGAGCAGCUGCGGGCGCUUACCUGCCACCCUUACAGCAGGUAUUUCAAGCACCACGCCGGCCCGGGAUAGGAACCGUCGGGAAGCCCAUCAAGCUCUUGGCCAACUACUUUGAAGUGGACAUUCCCAAGAUCGAUGUCUAUCACUAUGAAGUGGAUAUCAAACCCGACAAAUGUCCACGCAGAGUCAACAGAGAGGUGGUGGAAUAUAUGGUACAACACUUCAAACCUCAGAUCUUCGGUGACCGCAAGCCAGUAUACGAUGGGAAGAAAAACAUUUACACUGUCACUGCUUUGCCCAUUGGAAAUGAACGGGUUGACUUUGAGGUAACAAUUCCGGGAGAAGGCAAGGACAGGAUCUUUAAGGUUUCCAUAAAGUGGAUGGCAAUCGUGAGCUGGCGGAUGCUGCAUGAAGCCCUUGUGAGCGGGCAGAUCCCUGUCCCUCUGGAAUCAGUCCAGGCGCUGGACGUGGCCAUGCGCCAUCUGGCUUCAAUGAGGUACACUCCCGUGGGCCGCUCCUUUUUCUCUCCCCCGGAAGGUUACUACCACCCCCUUGGUGGGGGCAGGGAGGUUUGGUUUGGAUUCCAUCAGUCCGUCAGGCCUGCCAUGUGGAAGAUGAUGCUCAACAUUGAUGUGUCGGCAACGGCUUUCUACAAAGCCCAGCCUGUGAUUGAGUUCAUGUGCGAAGUGCUGGACAUCCGGAACAUUGACGAGCAGCCGAAGCCCCUGACGGAUUCACAGAGGGUGCGCUUCACUAAGGAGAUCAAAGGUUUGAAAGUAGAGGUGACCCACUGUGGGCAGAUGAAGAGGAAAUACCGUGUGUGUAAUGUUACCAGGCGACCAGCCAGUCACCAAACGUUCCCCCUGCAGCUGGAGAGUGGCCAGACUGUGGAGUGCACGGUGGCUCAGUACUUUAAGCAGAAAUACAACCUGCAGCUGAAAUACCCCCACCUACCAUGUCUGCAGGUUGGCCAGGAACAGAAGCACACAUACCUGCCACUGGAGGUGUGUAACAUUGUGGCAGGCCAGCGCUGCAUCAAGAAGCUAACAGACAAUCAGACGUCAACCAUGAUAAAGGCAACAGCAAGGUCCGCCCCGGACAGGCAAGAGGAAAUCAGCCGCCUGAUGAAAAAUGCCAGUUACAACCUAGAUCCGUACAUACAGGAGUUUGGGAUAAAGGUGAAGGAUGACAUGACGGAGGUGACUGGGAGGGUCCUUCCUGCACCAAUCCUACAGUAUGGAGGACGGAACCGGGCGAUCGCCACUCCCAACCAGGGCGUGUGGGAUAUGCGCGGGAAGCAGUUCUACAACGGCAUUGAGAUCAAAGUGUGGGCCAUCGCAUGCUUUGCCCCUCAGAAGCAGUGUCGAGAAGAGGUGCUGAAGAACUUCACAGACCAGCUGCGCAAGAUAUCCAAGGAUGCAGGGAUGCCAAUCCAGGGACAGCCAUGCUUCUGUAAAUACGCCCAGGGCGCAGACAGCGUGGAGCCCAUGUUCCGACACCUCAAAAACACCUACUCAGGGCUCCAGCUCAUCAUUGUCAUCCUACCAGGGAAAACACCCGUGUAUGCGGAGGUAAAGCGUGUGGGGGACACGCUCCUGGGGAUGGCCACACAGUGUGUUCAGGUCAAGAACGUGGUGAAGACCUCUCCACAAACCCUCUCCAAUCUCUGCCUCAAGAUCAAUGUCAAGUUGGGUGGAAUCAACAACAUCCUCGUGCCUCAUCAGCGCUCGGCCGUCUUUCAGCAGCCAGUGAUUUUCCUCGGAGCUGAUGUCACUCACCCGCCAGCAGGAGAUGGGAAGAAGCCUUCCAUCACAGCUGUUGUGGGCAGCAUGGAUGCCCACCCGAGCCGUUACUGUGCCACGGUGCGUGUGCAGCGACCACGACAGGAGAUUAUCGAGGACUUGUCAUACAUGGUGAGGGAACUUCUUAUCCAGUUCUACAAGUCCACCCGCUUCAAGCCCACCAGGAUCAUCUUCUAUCGGGACGGGGUUCCCGAGGGGCAGCUCCCGCAGAUUCUUCACUACGAGCUUCUGGCAAUCCGGGAUGCCUGCAUCAAACUGGAAAAGGAUUAUCAGCCUGGCAUCACCUACAUAGUUGUCCAGAAACGGCACCACACCCGCCUUUUCUGUGCAGACAAGAACGAGAGGGUGAGAGCUUCCAAAUGUAUUGGCAAGAGUGGCAACAUCCCGGCAGGAACAACUGUGGAUACCAACAUCACCCACCCAUUUGAAUUCGACUUCUACCUUUGCAGUCAUGCAGGCAUUCAGGGUACGAGCAGACCUUCCCAUUACUACGUCCUCUGGGAUGACAACCGGUUUACAGCGGAUGAGCUGCAGAUCCUCACGUACCAGCUCUGUCACACCUAUGUGCGGUGCACCCGCUCUGUCUCCAUCCCAGCACCAGCAUACUAUGCCCGGUUAGUGGCAUUCAGGGCACGAUACCACCUCGUGGACAAAGAGCACGACAGUGGCGAGGGCAGCCAUAUAUCCGGACAGAGCAACGGGCGAGAUCCCCAGGCCCUGGCAAAGGCUGUGCAGGUUCAUCAGGACACUUUACGUACCAUGUACUUUGCUUGAAAGCCUAACUUUUUUUUACCUCACUCAAG